CUAGAAUGGAUGGACCCCUUAACUGCGCCUCAAGCCGCUUCCUCUUGCCAAAUAUAACAGAUCGCCAUGUCACGUGCCACCGCUCUACAUGGUCCGUGCUGCUCACCACUUUGAAAUCGCCUAGCGAGUCGCGUCAAACCGCGUCAACUUCAGGUGGUAAGGUACGUACUACAAUCGCAGGGAAACAAAGUGAACGACUCGAACAACUCCGCCAAAUAAUCGCACCCACGAACAAAACAGCAGCCAUGAGCCACUAGCCUCCCUUUCACUCACAGGACACCCGGGCAAAAAGCAUUCCCGAACAGCCUGCAAAGUCGAUUGCAUGAUAUCUGCUCGACGACGCUUUUCGGCAUUCUCCACAGCAACCCCUCUCCUGCGUGCGAGUUGCUGGAAGGCGCCCCUCCACAGCCCGCACACCUGUCGAGUCCUCGUCCCGCACUUGGAUGCAUACAUCUCACACAGUCGAACAGCUGGUUACUCCAGAAUCGCCGACGCAAUGUUAGGGCGGGCAGUACAGAGUUUCCAGGCUCCGCCGCCGCGGAAGGAAGCAUUGGCGGCAGCGGAAACGGCUAGGAGAGCAGCCCAGUCUCCGGGGUCGAGUCAGGGCGUGGAUGAUAUGUUGAAGAAUGGGAAGAAGGAUAAUAGUAGGAAGAGCAUUAGUGGGUGGGCGAGACCGGUGUCCCCGAGCUCGUCGGUGCCGUCGAGUGCACCGUUGUCGGUGUUUUCGAGGACGAAUUCGGCUUCUGCGUUUUCGAGACCGACUACGGCGGGGACUGUUACGUCGACUGCUUAUGCGGAUACAUCGUCUGUGGCGAGGGGGGUUUCUGCGGGCCCAGGCAGGCAAGGUGUUGCUGGGGAUAAGGUCGUAACACAAGCAGCAGUUAUUAUCAAUUCCGGCACAGACAUUGUCGACUUAACACAAGAAGCUCCAAGCAAAUCUCACGCUCCACAACCAGUCGAAUUCGACUUUGACGAUUUUGACGACGACAGCGACCUGGAUCUCGAAGUGGAAUACCCACUGGCAUUACCAACCUUGAGUGCGCCACCUAGACAGCCAUUGACCUCGAUGUCCUCGAAUAAUACUAACUUCCCAGCGUCAAUGCCUCCACCGAAACUGUCAGCAACUCCUCAACACCUCACCAAUCCAAGUAGUGGUCCGAUACCAUGGUCUUCAUCUCCACAAGCACAUCUGGGCCCGCCUCCAGGGGCUGGGGCGAAACGAUCUACUUUCCAAGAGCCAGAACAACAAAUUACAAAUUUGAUUUCGUCUGAGCCGUCCAUCGAUGCGAACCCUCGACCGGCUAAGAGGAGGACAACCCCAUGGGCACAGCGGGCGGCAGAGGAGAAGGAUGUGCAGCCACAGGAGAGGGAACAAGCAGCUAGAGGUACCCAAUGCUUUAAGUGCCUGGGAUAUGGCCAUUAUGCUGGGAGCUGUACCAGAGCACGCCCCAAAGACAACUCAAUUUCACAUGACGAAGAUAGCUUUACCCCACUGCCGAAAGAAAAAUCAUUACCCUGGAAUACUACCGCAAGCGCUAUCAAGGACAAACGGGGGGCGUUCAGGGAGCAACAGAAGACUAUGAAAAUGAAGAGGGAGCAAAAUUCUAUAACGGAGAUGUUCAAGACUAAAACAAAAGGAUCGACCACCAAGGAGGAGAGGGGGGCUAAUAUAUUCCUCAGCUCGGAGCAGAGCAAUGUCUUGGGACUCGUCACCGAGCAGAAGAAGAGCGUGUUCUUCACGGGUUCUGCGGGAACGGGAAAGUCUGUGCUGAUGCGAGCUAUUAUCGCGGAGCUGCGCAAGGUGUAUAAGAAGGAGCCUGAUCGGGUUGCUGUCACCGCGUCUACGGGUUUGGCUGCUUGCAAUAUUGGCGGUGUUACGUUGCAUAGUUUUGGUGGGAUUGGGCUGGGGAAGGAGUCUGUGCCUGACUUGGUGAAGAAGAUUAUGAGGAACCAGAAGGCGAAGACUCGGUGGUUGAGGACUAAGGUUCUGGUCGUCGAUGAGGUUUCGAUGGUCGAUGGAGAGCUGUUCGAUAAGCUGGAGGGCAUUGCUAGGUUCAUCAGGAAGAACGGAAGGCCGUUUGGUGGGAUUCAACUGGUUGUUACGGGGGAUUUCUUCCAGUUGCCGCCGGUGCCGGAUUAUGGGAAACAGGUUAAGUUUGCAUUCGAUGCUGAUACCUGGUCGACCUCGAUUCAUCACACUAUUGGCUUGACGGAGGUUUUCAGACAGCGCGAUCCAGUAUUCGCCAAUAUGCUCAAUGAGAUGCGCUUAGGCAAGAUCAGUGAUGAAACCAUGAAAGCUUUCAGGAAGCUAGAUAGGCCACUGGAAGCCUCCGGUCUCGACGCAACUGAAUUAUUCCCAACUCGAAACGAAGUCGACAACUCCAACUUCAUGAAGAUGCGCCAACUCCAAGGGGCCGGCAAAAUCUACCUCUCCGAAGACAGCGGCAGUGUCCGCGACCCUCAACAACUCGAGCGCCUCCUCCAAAACUUCAUGGCGCCCAAGAAACUCGAGCUCAAGAAGCACGCACAGGUCAUGCUGAUCAAGAACAUGGACGAUAACCUCGUCAACGGCUCUAUCGGCAAGGUCAUCGGGUUCAUGAACGAGAAAACCUUUGAGGUCUACGAGGGCGUCGAUCUUGACCCGCUCGACGACAAUGCGGGGUCCGACACGGAGGACCCACACGACGCGACCCGCGAAGCUAAACGUCGCGUUAGAGGCAUGAUGAAUAAAGACCUCAUCGCCGACACCGGCAAAGAAUACCCCCUAGUCCGCUUCUUCGCCGCGGACGGCACAUCACGGGACCUCCUCUGCCAGCCCGAGGACUGGAAAGUCGAGCUCCCCAACGGCGAGAUCCAAGCCCAGCGUCGCCAGAUCCCGCUCAUCCUCGCCUGGGCGCUCUCCAUCCACAAAGCGCAAGGCCAGACGCUGGAGCGGGUGAAAGUUGAUCUGCGCAAGGUCUUUGAGAAUGGACAGGCAUAUGUGGCGCUCAGUCGCGCGACGACGCAGGAGGGGCUUUGGGUGCAGAAUUUCAAUCCGAGGGCCGUGAUGGCGCAUAAGAGGGUGGGGGAGUUUUAUGAUAGUUUGUAUAGUGUUAAUAAGGCGUUGAGGCAUCCGAAGGUGCAGCAGGGGAGGGAGAAUAAGAAGCAGGAGAAGGUGCAGGGGGAGGUACAGAAGUUGGAGGAUAGGGCGAUGGAGGAGGUGCUGGAUUGGGAUGAGGAUGAGGAGGCUAUGGCUGCUUAUGGAUGAGUUUUUCUGGGGUUGGAGGGG